AUGCACCUCAGGGGGGAGCCUUCACAUCUUGCCCCACUAGAGAGACUUCCUCUUCACAUCCUGGACUAUAUCUGCAAAUACGUUCCCAGACGCAGUUUGUUUUCUUUGUCAAUGGUGAGCAGGCUUUGCUACCAGGCAGCCACACCAGGGCGAUUCGCACGCGUCCGAUUCGUGAUACAUGACGACGAGAAGUUGCACUGGGAUUUGCAACAAUGGACCGCGAUCCUCGGCCGCGAAAGCCGGUUUCGCCAUGUUCGCCGAGUCGUAGUCGUCGGUCUCAUGAACGAUCCCUACCAGGCUGGAGACCUGCAUAGGAUGACUGGCCCUGAGGUGGUGGCCAUUGAUAAUGACAACAGCGACGGCGAUGAGAGCGACAGUGACAGUGACGUGGAAAACGUUGGUUUCAAUCCCGGUGGUCCCACUUUGUCACCAGGGCAUAAGCAAGCGCAACACGAGGCAUGGCUGCCAUUCGCACAAUUCCUAAGCAAGCUGCCCGGCCUGACGGACCUGGUCUAUUCCUGCACCCACCAGGUGCCCGCGUGCGUACUCACGGCGUUGCACAAUCACCACCCGAAGAGCCGUCUGCAUAUGAGCACGUUCAGCCUGCGCAGCCUCUACCAGGAGAGGGACCAGCUGUGCGAUAUCGACGCAGAUGACAUUCGCACCGUAUGCGAGCCGUAUGAUGUACAUGGGCGUUACAGUUUCAAUUCGGAGGCCUUGGAUCAUAUCAUCAUGUUGGGGUGUGCCCCGGGUCUGAGGCAGCUGCAUAUCCAUGGUGCCCGUCCCGGGAAUUCUCUGGCGCUUGUGCAGAGUAAUUGGGCCCCGAGGGAGCCAUGGAGGGGCUUCUUCCGCGAGAGUUCGAACCAGCCCUCCGCCCAUUCGCUACAGCCGUUACCUAAGUUGUCGGAGCGGGCCCGGCUUGAGACUCUGGUCCUCUCCGGACUGUGCGACGCCCGGGCCUGGGUUAGUCGUACGAGAUUUGAUGCCCUCAGCCGCUUUGAACUGUACUGCGGCGUUUCCGUUCAGGUCCUCCAAACGCUGGCUUCGAUGGCCGCGGACAACAAGUUCCCCUGCCUCAGGGAACUGGGACUGACGGUCUCUCCGUCCGAGUACAGCGAAAGCGACCCCGCCUCUCUCGAGCAGCCGGCCGGUCUGUUUCUGCAGGCCGUGCCUCCGCUACGAGCGCUCACGCUGGGCGAUUGCUUCAGCAGGCACACCUUCACGACGGUCCUCUUCCGGCAUGGUCAAUCCCUGCACAAGUUGCACCUCUACCUAGAUUCGGACGACGACGAGCACGACGAUGCCGGGUUUGAUGCAGGCUGGGUCCGUGAGAUACAGCAACGAUGUCCCAGGCUCGAGGACGUCCGGCUGCCCGUGCGGCGCCGGCAGGGUGGAGCCGAGGAGGUGGCCGUCUACCAGACGCUGGGGCAGCUGCCCCGGCUGCGGCGCGCUACGUUGCUGCUCGACCCUCGCGCGCCUCGCAGCGAUCCAUUAACUGGCGACGUCGGAGGAGUCCGCAAGACUCUCGUCAAUCUUGCCGUUGACGAACAGCUCGCCCGGGCUAUUUUUUGGGCAAUCUCCUCUGCAGCCACCGCACCGUUGCAGCGCCUCAGGCUUGAGACGCGUGUCGAAGACGUGUUUGCCGAAAGGUAUUGGGAGCUUCAAGACUGGGCGAGAUGGAUUGGGCGAAGCUGGGUAUGUACUAGGCGUGAACCGCUCGGUGAAGUGGUUGUACGCGAGAUCGGCGACAACAAAGCAAAGAGGGAGGUGGGGAAUCUGGGAGAUGAGCUCCAGGUUCUGCGAGACGAGCUGGAGCAAUUCGAAUACGACUUGUUCGAUGGUACGGACGUGUGGAAUGAGUUGUGGCCGAGGAGAGCUGAGGAUUGGAGGGAUGACUGGCACAGUUUCCCUCUGUCGGGGAGUGGAGGCCGGUAUGACGGGUGAGGACGACUACCUAGAAUGGGCCAAAGCCCCGUGGGCCCAUGGCAAGGUACGGUAGUAUGUACAACACAUCCCUUGCUCGUCCGUCGAACCAAAACUACAACCGAGGCGUCGAGACAAGUUCAGUGAUUGGAUAUAGUAAAU